AUUACAAACACACCAGUUCCUACUCUCUCUCUCUCUCUCUCUCUUCAAUGCUGCAACCAUACUUGGACAACUUUACAAGUAAACCUAUCAAACAAGCUUUCGUCCAAAAAGAAAAAACCUAUCAAAUUUAGUGUUUUUCUACUGAAAAUGGAGAAGUGGUGGCUUCUAGCUCUUCUCCUACUGAGUGUAAUUCCUAUAGAAGCUGGAUUUGGAGUGGGUGGUGGUGUUGGUGUUAAUGUUGGCCCUGUUGCUGGGGGUGGGGGAGCUGGAGUUUGGAUUGGUGGAGGUAUCAACGGAAAUGGCCCAAAUGCCCCACCUGGAUCUUCAGCUUCAGGGCUUGAGAGAGCUUACACUGCUCUCCAGGCAUGGAAAUCAGCCAUCUCUGAAGACCCAUCAAAAAUUUUAGACACUUGGGUUGGGUCUGAUGUGUGUUCUUACAAAGGGGUCUUUUGUGCAGAUUCUCAAUAUGAAGUUUCUGCAGCCUCUGGCCCUGUUGUUGCUGGUAUAGAUCUCAACCAUGCCAAUCUCAAAGGCACUCUUGUCAAAGAACUCUCCUUUCUCACUGAAAUGUCUCUCCUUCACCUCAACAGCAACAGAUUUUCAGGCACAAUUCCUGACACUUUCAAGGACCUCACCUCACUCCAAGAGCUGGACCUCAGCAACAACCAUUUCUCAGGCUCUUUCCCUACAGUCACAUUAUACAUUCCAAACCUCAUUUACUUAGACCUCAGAUUCAACAGCUUUUCUGGGCCCAUUCCUGAAGAUCUCUUCAAUAGGAGACUAGAUGCAAUCUUUCUCAACAACAACCAAUUUGCAGGUGGACUUCCUGAAAGUUUGGGGAACUCCCAAGCUUCUGUGAUCAAUUUAGCUAACAACAAAUUCAGUGGGAACUUCCCAGCUAGUUUUGGCUUCAUGAGCAAUAAACUGAAGGAGAUUUUGUUUCUCAACAACCAGUUAACAGGUUGCAUUCCUGAGGGAGUUGGGCUCUUCACAGACAUUCAAGUUUUUGAUGUCAGCUUCAAUUCACUGAUGGGUCAUCUGCCAGACACAAUCUCCUGUCUGCAAGACAUUGAAGUUCUCAACUUGGGACACAACAAGCUAUCUGGGGUUCUUCCAGAAAUGGUGUGUUCUUUGAAAAGCCUUUUGAAUUUGACUGUUGCUUACAAUUUCUUUUCUGGGUUCAGCCAGGAAUGUGCCAAAUUGUUCUACAGAAAUGUGGGGUUUGAUUUUUCAUUGAAUUGCAUUCCUGGGAGGAACAUGCAGAGACCUCAACCAGAGUGCUCCUUAAUUCCAGGAGGUGGGUUGAAUUGUCUGAGAAUCCCUGGUUCAAAGCCUCUUGUUUGCGGGUCUCUUUAGCCAAGCUCAGUCUUUGUACAACAGGUUUGGUGAAAAUGGCUUCUCUAUUAAUUAAUAGCAAUUAUGAUUUGACCUUCCCUGAAUCUCAAUUUUAUUUCUUUAUUUAACUCUGUGCAUCUGAAAAAAAUAUAAUAUCAGUCUCAGAAACUGCAAUGGAUAAAGUCUGUCCAGAAAAUGUUUAUGAUUAGCAUUCAAUUCCAGUGGUAGAACUUCGAAGAAGAAUCAUCAGCAAAAAUUAGCGGAUAUGAAAAUGGUUUUACCCUUCUUGUCAUUUGACAUUCUUAUGGAAUAUGUAAUCUUUUGAGCC